GUUAGAGUCAUUUGGCUUCUGACGGGGAGAGUGGUCCAGACCAAGUGCAGGAGGCCCCAGGAUGCCGUUCUGAGGUUCCAUAGCGGACGCCUCUCCGCCUGGGGACUGUCCUCCAUGAGUAGCUCCAGGAGCCGGCUGGCCUUGGGUGCUACAUGGACUCAGGCCAUGGCCUGCCAUCUCCCGAGGAGGACCAAUCCACCAUGCCUGAAGUCAAAGACCUUUCAGAAGCUUUGCCAGAGACAUCGAUGGAUCCCAUCACAGGAGUGGGGGUGGUGGCUUCUCGGAACCGAGCCCCAACAGGCUAUGAUGUAGUGGCACAGACAGCAGAUGGUGUGGAUGCUGACCUCUGGAAAGACGGCUUAUUUAAAUCCAAGGUUACCAGAUACCUGUGUUUCACGAGAUCAUUUUCCAAAGAAAAUAGUCAUUUAGGGAACGUGUUAGUGGAUAUGAAGCUCAUUGACAUCAAGGACACUCUGCCUGUAGGCUUCAUCCCAAUUCAGGAGACGAUGGACACACAGGAAUUGGCUUUUAGAAAAAAGAGGCUGUGCAUUAAAUUUAUCCCACGGGAUUCAACUGAAGCCGCAAUCUGUGACAUUCGGAUCAUGGGCCGGACCAAGCAGGCCCCUCCUCAGUACACAUUUAUCGGGGAACUGAACAGCAUGGGGAUCUGGUACCGAAUGGGCAAAGUACCGAGGAACCAUGACUCAUCUCAACCCACAACGCCUUCCCAGUCAUCAGCUGCUUCCACCCCGGCCCCCAACCUCCCCAGGCACAUCUCACUAACGCUUCCUGCUACCUUCCGAGGCAGGAACAGCACUCGGGCUGACUAUGAGUACCAGCACUCCAAUCUGUAUGCCAUAUCAGCAAUGGACGGUGUGCCUUUCAUGAUCUCAGAGAAGUUUUCCUGCGUUCCAGAAAGUAUGCAGCCCUUUGAUCUCUUGGGAAUCACCAUCAAAUCUCUGGCAGAAAUUGAAAAGGAGUAUGAAUACAGCUUCCGCACGGAGCAGAGCGCGGCCGCCCGGCUCCCGCCCAGCCCCACCCGGUGUCAGCAGAUCCCCCAGUCCUGAGGGGCCGGCCACCACCCUGUCCCCGUGGGGAGAAGACGCAGCUGCCCAGACUACUGAACGCCCCUCCCUCGCCCAGGCCUUCCUGCCCACCCUUCCCUACCGGCCCACCGUGGGGCUCACCCGGGAGACUCUGGGCAGCUGGGCUCUGACCUCCUUGGCCCUCGGCCUGCCUAACGGGACACCCCCGCCUCCCUGGGGACACUGUUCAUAAUCGCCACUAAUCUGUGUUUGCUGUAGUGACCAACAGCUCUUAACGUGUCUGUGUGACGACCGGCCCUCCUACAAAUGACCCUACCCACCCCGGGAGUCACCCCGAGGGCCCCGCACGUGUGCUGGAGCUGCCCAGUGACACCGCCGACUCCCUUUCCUCCUGACUGUUGCCUGCCACAGAGCUAUCCACAUCCUUCUGGAAGGCCCAAAGGUGGGUGGCAACUGAGGCCUCCCCGAGGGCCCCAGACUCGGGGCUGCCAUGGAACAAGUCCCUCACGCCAGCGGCAGCGAGUGCCCUGAGCAUCUCACGGCGACGCGGACGACACGGGGGAGGAAGAAUCCUGUGGUCCCAGAGUGACCCCAAGCCCAGGUUCCUGCCCACUGGCAGCCACACCUCAGACUCCACCCCCAAGCCACACACUGGACACACCACGGUCAGGGAGAGGACGCCCAGUGGCCCGCACCGAGGACUUGCCUUCGGGGUGAGAGGGCGGAGGGCCCUGGUGCUUGCUCGGAGCGCGGUCGCUGCCCAGGACACUGUGCUCCCCCGCCACACGCCCCCAUUCCUCCCAAAGGGCUCAUCUCUGCCACGCCCAUGUGCCAACUGCCAUGCCAGCUGCCUCGGCCCCAUGCCCUGCCCCAGGGACAGGCCCGCCACAAGUGAGGAGACGCUCAGCCAGCGGCCUGCCCCAGAGGCACACGGGGACACUGUCACCCUGGUCCUCAGAGCCAGGAGGCAUCGCGACGCACUCCACAAACAGCAAUGUUUGUUUUAGAAAGUCCGUCUGAACCAGGCCACCGAGCUGGGACCAGUGUAGACCCGUCCACCACAACUGGCUAGCAGACGCACAGGCUCUUCUCACCACGCCGGCCGCCGAGCUCAGCUCCACGUGUGUUUGCCAUGAGAACGGGGCUGCCCCCGUCCCUGGGGGCUCAGGCCCUCCCCCCGGUGGCCUGCCUGGUCUAGCUCUCGGGAUUUGUCCUGAAUCAAUUCCACAGAAUGUUGGUAUCUCCCCUCUGAGCGGGGGGGGUGGGGGGGGGGUGUCCCCUGAUGGCUGGAGCUUUGGACGUGAGGCUUGCCAUGUGUCUGGAGAGUGGGGAGGGUCCCCCAACACAAAGAGAGCACGGGAGAGCCACGGCCACGGCCGGGGACGGAGCCUGCCUCCCCAGGGCGCCCGGGACGUUUCUGAACGGGCCAACACCUUGAGGAGGGUGGCCGCCGGCUAAGCAGUGGGGCGGGCCAAAAUACCUCAUGUACCUUCAUUGGCGCUGCCGCCUCAAGCAGCUCCCCUCCUCCCGGUCGCCUGUUGAUGUUCAUCCAAAACCUCCUGAUCUCUGUGCAUUAGAGAAGUGCUUGCCUCUGCCUGCCUCUGCCCGGACCUGAGGAUGUCCCCAGUGAGGCCGGCCUUCCUGGUCCCCCACGGCAGAGUGGGUGGAACCCCCAGGGGCCACGGGCUGGAGCCAGCAGUCCGUCUGCGGGCCUUCUGGGACUGGUGCUUAACCAGGAGAGGACAGAGCUGUUGAACUGGUCUCAGAGGCACCCACUGACAUAAGCCGGUCGUGAUUCUGGGGAGUUGGAACCCCAUGUCUACUGCGUUUUGCCUGGGUGGCUCGUCCAAAACCAAGUGACCCAUGUGACCCAAAGCCCAACAGAGAGGGGCGACCCCCAUUACUCCUCUUCCCUUGGUUCGUGCACUUUGCUUGUGGCCUAAUUGUGAGGUUGUCAUCCGACAGCACCUGGCGGCCCUUGUCCCUGACUGACAAGCAAGCAUUUUAGCGGAGAGUCCCAGAGACAAGCAUGGGGGAGCCGGAGUCCAGGUGCAGGACGGCAGAGCCGGGCGGGGGGGCGGGGCUGUCCAGGAGGAGGCGGGCGCUUGCCCUCCCGAGCCCCCGGGGCUGUCCUGCAGCCAGGGGACCCAUGGAGGGCAAGGCCGGGCUGCACCGGGAAGAGGGCAGACCUGCUGGGCUCGGCCGGGCUGCGGCCACCUUGACAGCACCGUAGACGGAAGCUACUUGUGACAGUGACUGUGUGUACCCCUGAACCACAGCUUAAACAAGUGAUGCAAUGACCGUGGUAGGGAAAGGCUGCUGUCAGGGGUAGACUGCAGGCUGCUCCUAGCCCCUUUCCUUGCCUCCUGAGAGGUGGGGGUCAAGCAAGCACGUGGCGGUAGGCUGGGGGUGCGCGUGGGGCUCAUGAGGACCGCAGGACAGCCGGACCCCUGGCUCGUGCCUGGGAGGGAGCGUUUCUUCACCAACCCUGGGGCCACGUGGGGAGGGGAGGGGGAGGGUCCUCGGAAGCAUGAAGGGCAGCGGCCUGGCCCCCCGCCCCCGCCCCCGCCCCCGCCCGGGCCCCGGCCCCGGCACUCCCUGCUUCCGUCCCUCCUCAAAAAGACUAACCAGAGCACAGUUUUCCUGUUGUCUUUCCUUUUCCCCCUGAAAAUGCACAGUCUCCCUCCAAAGCCCUUGGACAUGGCACAAAGGUAGUAAGGAGUAAGUUGUUGGCUGCACGUUCACUCGCGAAGUCAAAGUCGUAUCAAGGCUUUUUUCCCACCCCGAGUCCGGGAACUAAUCUGGGCCACAACCCUCUCCCGCUCGGAGAGCUGGACAGCCGAGUGGGUGGCGGAGGAAACAGGUUACAGCCCCCACACCUGUCCCCCCAGCCAGAGGAGGGCAGCUGCCGGCGCCUCCCUCGCUGGGAGUCCUGACUGGGGUCCAGCUGGCGGCAGGACGACCCCAACAGUUGCCUCCCCGGCCCGGUGUCCUGCGGAAAGGCGGCGGGAGCAGAGGCCAGCAAGGAUUCACCCGCGCCAGAACCCCUGCUCCUCGCCAGCCACCGGGCCGGCACCGUAAGCACAUUUUCUCCUGUUAUUCCCCUUAAAAAACAAACCCCCAGAAGUGGAUGUCCGUCACUCCUUGUUACAAAGGAAGAAGCGGAGGCCCGUCUGUGAGCACAAGGGGUCAGUGGCAGGGAUGGGGUCCGGAGCCGCGUCUCAUCUCGGAGCCACCCCGCCAGGGGGCCCGGCCCAAGCACAUGCCUCGCUCUGACCCUUCUGUCUCCUGCCCCGUGAAGACUUCCUGGCACCACCAGCCUCCCUGGUUCUAGCGUGAUUGGCCGCCCCUCCAGGGCGCCAUGGUGCUCAGCCUGCCCAGUCGCUCCACCCUGACGACGAGGGCCCCCCGGACCCCCGGGGAGCCUGAGGGCCAAGGAGGGCCUUGACACGGCAGCCACGUGCCUGCUCAGGGGGGCAGAAGCCGAGCUCAUUUGACUCAGGCCACGAUCCACCGGGACACCGGGGCCUCUGGGCCUGGAGGCGGCCGCCGCGUGCCCAACCCCCAGCCCGGCACCCCUGGGUUGGCCCCUCUGUCUUCACCUGUUCCCAUGCGGCCUGGGAGUGGCUGUCACCACCCUGCAGCAGGGCUUCCGUUCUCCCAGCAGAAGGCCCGGGAGCUGCCCUGGGACCGCACGGGGCCUGGGACAGGCUGCUGUGUACCGGCAGAGGAACGACGCCCUUACUGUAUUUAUUUGAGGUGACUCCUGUAUUUGGCAAAGGGAAGUUUCACUGUGUGAUUGUCUGUCUUAAUAUAAUUUGUUAAAUAAAUGUUUGUUUUAACCUUU